AUUCCGUGCUCCGUGUCGCGCAAUUUUACAUAUGACCCCCAACAAUCGCGCAGAUAUUUAGGGUCGUUCAAAGUUGAAAGCGCCGGCAUUGACAUUUAGCGUUGCAAGGUUGAACGCUGAUCACUUGUAUGCUGCCCAACGAAGGCUCUGGGGUAAAGACAAGAAUAGACAAGAAUUCUACGGCGUAGCCAAGUGUCGCGCCGACUCACGGCAGCUCUCGGCUGAGGAAAACGGCAUUCAAUAAAAGAAUAGCUUCCACUUGCGCUCUGCAAUCAAUCCUUCUUGAUUCUCAAACGAAAAUGCCACCUCGAGUAAAUUCCAGAAUGGUUCACGCGAAACCCAAGCCAACGCCUAAUCCUUCAACGCAAAAAAUAUCCAACAAAUCCAGCAAGAGCAAACCCCCCAAAAUACAAUCCGAUACAAGCUCAAAUGUUAAAACCUCCUCAUAUUCUCAGGCCACUGCUAACCCGAACAUACACCGAGAACGCGCUAAACGGUGGGGUACUAAUCCGUUUAUGGCUGAGUGGUUUGCCAAUGCUGUCGAAUACAUGAAAGCACCCAAGGCUCAGUUCGACUUCGAGGACUGGGUUUUCAAAAGCUAUCCAGAAGAAGAAGCACACAGAAUUCUUAGGCAAUGUAAACUUCCUCCAGUUCAACGUGUUGGUACCUCCACUGGGAACAGGAAGAUGUAUAACAAUGCAGCUGUUGAGUCAGGCGUCAGUGACGAAGCAAUGAUACAAUACCAUAAUUUCACUGCAGAAAAUCUAUUGGUCGAACCAGCACGCGUCAAGCCCGCUGCAAUCAGAAGACGGGGGGAACCUUCGUCGAAAUGGCUUGUGAGACGAAUGGAAAGUCUAUUGAAUGGAUGUCAGAUCGCAGAUGUCGACUGGGAAGAAAUUCAACGGAUUGCCAUCUCGCAAAUUGAUGAGACUGCUUACACCUACGAGAUCUGGCACAUUGACUCGGAGUAUCUCAUAGAAGGCUUGAAAGAACGCGCUCGAAGCACUGUACCCGCACCGGGAGAGAUAGGAAACAUGCAUGAACCGUAUAUGCGCGAUCUGCAACUGCGGUCAGAUGCAUAUCGUUCAAGGUUACAUCUUAUACAUAUUGCUCAUGCCCACUGGACCCUCGCAGUCUCCUUGUUUGAAGAGCUUGAACUCCGCGGUCUACGAAAAACUUCCGCGAUCGAAGCAGCAUACAAGGCUGAUCCUCGACUCAAAUGGCGAUUAGCUGGCUUGGCUGCAAUGACUGCGACUUACGCCUCAAAAAUAUCUUCACGCACGAAUCAAGUCCUAGCUGCAUUGCCGGCAUUCUCGAAGUAUUUCAAAAGACACAGGGACAACCAAGGUGUUCUGAAAAUCGAAGUAGAUUAUACUUAUAUUCGGGCUCAUCCGUAUCCGAGAAACUCCAUUGACGAGAUCAUCGUCAAAGUAUGUGGCGCCCAUGGGUCUGCACUUAAUUUCGUCCUCACGCAAAUCAAGGACCAUUUGCGCAAAUUCCCCAAAGAAGCUUUGAAAUUUGAUGAUGUUGCCUGGCGCGAAAUUGGUGAAUAUCUCGUUGUCACCCAUUUCUUCCAAGAAUUCUGUGCCUCUCACUUUGGUCGAUGUCUCCAAGAAGCCGCUUCCGAAAGCAAGCAAUUAUCCCCAUCCUCCUCCCAACUCGACAUUGUCUUUGAAGAAGUCUCUUUCAUGUCCCGCUCCUCUCUCUCCAAAUACAUCUCCCCUCACCAUGACCAUGCGUUUUGGCAUUUCGGUCGCUGCCGCAGCAUCGUCGAGGCCAUGGUCGACGUGUGGACCCAUGCGAUAUUUAAUCCCGGGUUGACUGGUCCGGAUAUCGUGAGGUGUUACAUGUGGAUGCAUCAUUCACCGGAGUAUGCGAGCUUCAGGGCGCAGCAGCGGCCGGGGUUUGAUGAGGGGGAAGAGUUCAAUGCAUUUUUUGACAAGACGUGGUAUGACGCGGAUAAGUGGUGUUGGGAGAGGGCCGGGGAGUUGGAUCCCCUUGAUGGAAGGAAAGAGAAGGGAAAGGGCGCGGUGGCGAGGAUGUUUGGGUUGUAUGAUGUUCAGGACAACACGCGACCAAGUUGGUGGAAUUUCAAGACAUUGAUGAAGAUUGCGCGUGAACUUGAGGAUAGUUCCCUUGUGGAAAAAGAAAAAGCUGAAUCUGCUGCAAAAUCUAGGUCUGCAGUUUCAAUGAUACCUGUGGCCACUGGUCCUCGGGAUACUGCUGUCUAUUCCGGACAUGCGUAUGCAGCAGGAAAUGUGGGUACAGAUGCGACAAAGGACAAAGUUAAAACUCGGCCUUCUGUAAUGGUUGUUGACGAGCCUGAGGGGCCUGAAGGAGGAAAAGGAAGCAAAGAUCCAAUAAGUGGGGAUGAGGAAGGAGAAGAGGUGGAAGAGUACUCAGUACCAGAGUUCUUACCAAAACAGUUCAAGCUUCCAAAAAAAGUACACAAGACAUUUCAACGCAUCCUUGAAAAGGAUGACAAUCCCAACCUGGCGCCAGAUGCACCUAAGAAAGGUCAAGUGCGAUGGGAUGAUUUUGAAAAAGCAAUGAAACGAGUUGGGUUUGAUAUCGUUCAGACCGCAGGGUCUUCUGUGCGGUUUGACCCCCCUGCAAAGACAGCUAGGCCUAUAACUUUUCAUCGGCCACAUCCCGACUCGCUGCUUACUCCGUUCAUGAUCAAAUGGUACGUAUAUGGAUCGGUGGUCGUUUGAAUC